AUGCGGCGCUGUGAGACAGCCGGCCGGGCUGCCCGCUGCCUUCCCGGGAGGCUAGGGCCUGGGGACGGGCGGGAUGGUGCCCUUCGUUCAGCACAGCGGCGGCUGAGCGAGCCGGGCCAGCUCCCGGCGCCGCUCCCCGUCCGGGGCUCGGGACAGCGCUGUGGCACCGGCCGGACCGCCCGGGGCUCAGGGCAGCGCUGUGGUACCGGCCGGACCGCACUGGGCUCAGGGCAGCGCUGUGGUACCGGCCGGACCGCACUGGGCUCGGGACAGCGCUGUGGCACCGGCCGGACCGCCCGGGGCUCGGGGCAGCGCUGUGGCACCGGCCGGACCGUGCUGAGCUCAGGACAGCGCUGUGGUACCGGCCGGACCGCCCGGGGCUCGGGGCAGCGCUGUGGCACCGGCCGGACCGCCCGGGGCUCAGGGCAGCGCUGUGGUACCGGCCGGACCGCACUGGGCUCAGGGCAGCGCUGUGGCACCGGCCGGACCGCACUGGGCUCAGGGCAGCGCUGUGGUACCGGCCGGACCGUGCUGAGCUCAGGGCAGCGCUGUGGUACCGGCCGGACCGCCCGGGGCUCAGGGCAGCGCUGUGGCACCGGCCGGACCGCCCGGGGCUCAGGGCAGCGCUGUGGUACCGGCCGGACCGUGCUGAGCUCAGGACAGCGCUGUGGUACCGGCCGGACCGCCCGGGGCUCAGGGCAGCGCUGUGGUACCGGCCGGACCGUGCUGAGCUCAGGGCAGCGCUGUGGUACCGGCCGGACCGCCCGGGGCUCAGGGCAGCGCUGUGGUACCGGCCGGACCGCCCGGGGCUCAGGGCAGCGCUGUGGUACCGGCCGGACCGCCCGGGGCUCAGGGCAGCGCUGUGGCACCGGCCGGACCGCCCGGGGCUCAGGGCAGCGCUGUGGUACCGGCCGGACCGUGCUGAGCUCAGGACAGCACUGUGGUACCGGCCGGACUGCCCGGGGCUCAGGGCAGCGCUGUGGUACCGGCCGGACCGCCCGGGGCUCAGGGCAGCGCUGUGGCACCGGCCGGACCGCCCGGGGCUCAGGGCAGCGCUGUGGUACCGGCCGGACGGCCCGGGGCUCAGGGCAGCGCUGUGGCACCGGCCGGACCGUGCUGAGCUCAGGACAGCGCUGUGGUACCGGCCGGACCGUGCUGAGCUCAGAGCAGCGCUGUGGCACCGGCCGGACCGUGCUGAGCUCAGGACAGCGCUGUGGCACCGGCCGGACCGCACUGGGCUCGGGGCAGCGCUGUGGUACCGGCCGGACCGCACUGGGCUCGGGGCAGCGCUGUGGCACCGGCCGGACCGCCCUCCAGUCCCGGGCUGAGCCUCCCGGCACCGGGCUCCCACCCCGUCAGGCCGGAGAGGGAGAGCAAACAGUCUUAGCUAGACCAAAGGAUGUCGCUGGGGGAAGCGACAGUCUGUUGGCUCCCCAAGGUCAUGUUCAUGUCUGA